AUGGCUCCUUCCUCGGGAGGCGCUGUGGGUGCUGAGCGGAAAAGGAUGAUGGAUUUGGCGGCCAUGGAGGCCGCGACGUCGAGUACUCAGCUGACCCUACCUGUCAGCUACAGAAAGUUCAGGGGAGUUGCGCCGCGCAACUAUGUUCUCAAAGCUAUGCUUGAGGGUGAGCAUGCUUCUAUCGAAGACUUCCUGGAAAGGCUCAAUGAGGAUGCCAGUGCAGUUGUGGGAUCGGCUGUGCUUGUGGAUGAGCUCUUUCGUGUACGUGAAGCCCUCGUUCUUCUCUGGACCGAGCAGCUGACAAAGCGGUGUGAUGGCGACCCCCCUUGGGUGGAGCGCCUCCAGGCGAUGGGACAUUUCCCAAGCACUACCCUGUGGUUUGCUGACGGGGACUUUGGCCUUGCUCCGGCGGAGGCCUAUCGCGAUGCAAGUGUCCAGCAGCAGCGGGGCAGCCGGGAGCAAGUGGCAGCAGCGCUGCCGCCUUCUGGUGGGCGACCUGGUGCUGGUGCGGACGCUGAGCUGGUGACGCAGCCGGCUGCUGGCGAGAUUGAGGAGGAUGCGGAGCUGGCUGGGCCUCCCGGAGUGGAGGCGACCAACCAUGGCGACGCUGCUCUUCCUUGGCAGCCGGCGGCCAGAUGUAGUAGCGUAAGGGCCCCGACCCGAGAACCGCGAAAAAUCAAAGAAGAUCCGUGGAAGGACAAAGAGCCACCUAGCCCGGCCUCUCCCUGCCUCCUUGGUAACAUGUUUUCUAAGACCGGCCCGUUCGGGGCCCCCUCCGAGAGUAGCUCUCCUUGCCGCCAUGGCCUCGGUGCUGCAGCUCUCGGCCUGUGUCAGUGUCAGUCCCCUGCCUCUUGCGAACCGGCAGGUGUGGACUUCCUCGGGGGCCCCCUGGGCGCCACGGCCCAAGGUGGCAGUGCGAUCGAGCAGAGCUGUGGCACGGAUUUUCUUGGCGGCCCCAUCUGGACGGUGCCGCAAGCGCAUGCAUAUCCUAGUGCCAGUGUGGAUCAUGUGCAGCCUGUGCAGCAAUCCCUUCCGUCCUCCGCGACGCCAGCAGCCGGCCCCGGCCGCCGGGCCUCUGCAGGCGAGCCGAUGCUUUGUGUGUGCCACGACUGGAAGAGGGGAUGCCGCCUGGGUGAGGCCUCUCACCCUGGGCCUGGUUUCAACCUUGACCUUGGCAACCUUGGGGAUAGCCUUGGCGAUAGCAUCAUGAAGUCGAUCAAGGAGCAGAUCCAGAAGGCAGUUGACGAGGCAGUUAAGCAGGCCCUGGCGUCGCUCAAUCUCGGCCGGGGCUUGGCUGCUGCCCGGCCGUCCGGCGAUCCAGACGUGCAGCUCGAGCCAAAGGGCAGGCGCAAGAGGAAACGUAAGGCCAAGCAGGCCACGAGCCACCCAGGUGGCAACCCCGACGUUUCGGGCGGCGAGCGUGCAGGUGGCCGCCAGAGCGCAGCCAAAGGCAAGGGCAAGCCUGAGGACAAGUCUGGCCCAGCCAAGGUGGCCCAGCGCGGUGGCCCAGGCGACUCAGGUCAACGCCGGGGCAAGGGCAAGGGCGGCUGUGGUGAGGCAGGCGGGCAGGAAGCCGGUGAUGGCUGGCAGAUCGUCCGGCGCAAGGCUCCGGAAGGCGCCUUCAAGCUUCGAAAAUCUGAUUGGGACGCUCCGGUCGUCGAGUACGCUGCCCUAGCUGAGUUCAUUGACAAGGCUGAUGCCAGCAAGGUCCUCGAACUUGUAGUCUUUGUUUCGGCCGACCAGGAUGAGGAGGCCCAGCGCAUCCCGGGCACCAUUGGGGAUCGCCUGGUCUUCAGGACUGCUAAGGUCCAGAAGCUCACGUCUGCAGGUGCCAGUGGCCAUGCUCAAACGUCCAUCAAGAUCAAACCCACUGAAAGUGCAGUCGUCUACUUUAAGGUGCCAAAGCAGUUCGCCUCAGCCGACACUUGGAAGGCUUUCGGGGGCAACGCCUCCAAGGCCGCUGUAGACUGGGUCGCGGCCCAAAGGAUCAAGGUGCUCGACACUUUUGCCUGGGUCCUGGAAAAGCAGCGCAACGACACUCAUGAGCAGUACUUUGGCAUUGUUCGCAUUCCGAAGGCAGACAUUGAGGGCAUCCUAGCCCACUCUGGCAAGGACGGUGUCUUCGUGGAUGCCGCUCGCACCUCAGGGCCCCGGGCGAAGCUCCAAUGGAUCGAGAAGCUCCCCGGCGAGAAGGUGGACGCCUACUUUGAACGUGCCCUGCGCCAGGCUUCCAGCCUGGGUUUGGUCGUCAAUGGGGGGCGAUUGGCGUGGCGAAGUGCCAUGGCAGCUGGAGAAGCAACGGUGCGCAUCUGGCACAUCGAUGGUGUGCCCCACGAGUGGGAUGUGGAUGCCGUCGGCCAGCUCUUGGCCACACGCUUCACUGAGUACACCAUCCUGUCGCAUCGGCGCACUCGCCUCGGGUCCUGCUUUCGCUUCCGCGGGCAACCUGCAACCGCAGACACGGACCUGGUGCCGUUCGUCGUCGAGCAUCAGGAGAAGCCCUUGUCCUUGUGGGCAACGCUGGCACCUUUCCGUGUCGUCUCCAAGAAGCAGAAGCCUCUCGCCUCGAAGGCCGUCCCGGUCGUUGCUCUCGAGCAGCCUGUCGUUGCCACCAUUGUCAAACCUCCCACGGGGGAGCUGGCUACGGGCGAGGACGGCAAGGAAGUGCCCCAGCAGAAACGUGUCAAGCAGGAGGUGCGCACCAAGCCAGGUGACCUCCAGCUCAAGGCAUGCCCUCGUGACGGAGCCUGCGUGCUGCACGCACUAAGCCUCGGCCUUCAAUGGCUUGGUGACUCUCGGCCCAAUCACCCGCGCAUGCUCCGUGCGCAAAUGGUCGAACACAUGCGCCGGCAUGUCACCCAGUACGAUAAGGAAUGGGACGGCAAAGGGCCGGACAGUGAGCCGGUCAAGGACCGGGACUUUUCGGCCUACCUCACUCUUAUGGAGAAGGAGGGGGCGUACUGCUCGGAUGUCGAGCUGAGGGCCCUGGGCCGUGUGCUGGACAUCAAAAUCGUCGUGCUGCCGGCGGGCCUCAACUUUUCUCCUUACGCUUUUCAUAGCAAAGCUGCCAAGAUGCUGGUGUUGUGGUACGAGGAUAACCACGUAGAUCUCAUGCUCCCGCCUGAGGGUCACAAGAAGUAUCCAAGUGAGUAUGCCCAGAUCACAGCUGGACCCGUCUUUGGGCUGCGUGCAGGUGGCCGUGGGCCCCCAUCGGUCUUCACUGCCUCCUCUGCUGCCUGUGUUCGAUCCCAGCCUUCCUCUCAGUGGACCUCGGUCAUGGACGGCGAAGGGGCAAAAUCCCAGGCUCGCCCGGCAUCCGUCUGGACCACCUCGAUCCCGGCGAGCGCCUCGGGGAGUGCUGCGGGGCGGCCCUCGAUCGAAGCCCAGCCCUCUUUGCAAGGUAGGCGGCCCAGGUCACAGGUUUCACAGGCAAGGUCUUCAGGCAGCCGGGUGCCGUCGCAGGCAAAGGUGCAGGCCCUUUCCCGGCCGGGCCCACUCAGUGCCAGGUGCAAGGCAAAGGCAUUGCAUGGUUCCCAGACCAAGCCCAGGGGCGAGCCACAGGCGAGGUCAUCACAGGCCACGGCCCAGGCAAGGCCCUCAGGCACCAAGCGCAAGGCGGUAGAGCUGUGCACUUCGUCCGUCUUCACCUGCACCUCUACUGGCACUAUCGAGGCCUUCGAUGAAUCCGAGUUUGAGCGAGCUCGUGUGCCCCCGAAGCGCUGCCCCUGGCUGGCCCAUGCCACGGCACCGGCUGACCUCACCUUUCGGUGCAACUUGUGCCCUUACAAGCGCAAGGCCACGAGCAACCACCAGUACUACCACAUCCGCCACAACCACUACCAGCGUGCCCAUGAGGGGCAGGGCCUGCAGCCGGACAUCGGGCGACCCAAGCUUACGCGGGUUUGCGGCCCAAGGGCUCAGUUCAUCUGGUGUUGCCCUUUUUGCAACAAGGGCAUUACGCACGAGACUCGGAAGGACCUUUCUCGAUUCUCCUACUAUGCCCUGCGCAACCAGCAUCGUGCACAGGCCCACCCCGAGGUCUCCAAGGCUGAGUGGCAGCGUCUUGCGGCACUCCCGCAAACCGGGCCCAAGGAUCGCCAGGUGCAUGCCAAAGGGUGCCGCCAGCGCAACCUCACCAAGGCCGUGUUCGCUCAAGUCAGGCCCCCUCGCUUUGGGGACCAGAUGCAGCUCUUUGUGUGGCCUCGAGCCAGGUGUGAGAAACGCAGCACCCGGGUCAAGCAUGUCCUCCUUGAGCAUGGUUGGAAGUGCCUCCGGUGCGGUGAGUGCACCAGGGACCUGGCUGCCGCCAAGCAGCAUAGCGAGGGUACUCCGUGCUGCCGCGGCUGCCAAGCUUGCCAUCUCCAUGCGAAUCCCCUCCUCGCCGUGUUCAUCAAGCUUUUGAGCAUCAAUGCGAACCGCACGGCCAUCUCCAAAGUGGACCUGUGUGCCGACUUCCUCCAGUCGUGUGGGGCUGAGCUCUUGUCUCUUCAGGAGGCUGACAUCAACCCUUUGUUGGCCCAGGGUUUUGGUGAGCGCUGGCAUGCCCAUGGCUAUCGGGCUGUUCUCAGCGACAUUGAUGCUGCCAAGGGUGUGCAUAGGGUGGCACUGGUCGCUUCCCUCCCCAUGCAUCGUGUGAACCUUAAGCUUCCUCCGCAUGUGGCUGCGCGCUGUGCUGCAGGUGCUUUUGAGAUGCAGGCUGCUGGCAGCAAGUGCAUCACCCUUGUGGUAGCCUUCUACGGCUUCCCUGGUCAGCCAGCCGCCACAGCCCAGGCCUUAGGUGAGGUUAGGCGUGCAGCUGCGACCUUCGGCGGCCCCUACAUCUUGCUCGGCGAUUUCAAUGUUGACCAGUCUGAGCAAGCUGUAGUGCAGCUGUUGUGCGAUGGCGAGCUCCGGUCUCUGGAUGAGGCGGACUGGACCCAAGCCGGCCCAACAAAUCCCACGCGCACCCGGCGCAUUGAUUUUGGCCUGGCCCAUUGGUCAAUCAUUGCGACGGCUGUCAAGCAGUUCGAGCGCCCGGACCUUUCGGACCACGGGUGCGUCUUCUACGAAACGCGGUGCCUGAGCCGUGCCGACAGCUUCUCCAUGCCUAAGUUUCGUGAGCUCCCUGCCACGGCCACUGAAGACAUCCUGUCUAACUUUGGUAGGGUCUGGGAUGCCGCACACUUUGAGAGUUCUAUUGCAGGUGGGGCUCUUGAUGAAGCCUGGGCUUUCUUGUCAGACGUGGCCGAGCGCACGCUGGGUGCCACUUCGCUCUUCGAUGCCUCCGGUGCCCGCAGGAGCGACCACUGGCUCCCUUGUGCCCGCCCCGAGUCUCACCAUCGUGUCGGCCCCCAGGGUCAUGAGUCCCAGUCCCUCCGUUCAUCUCGCAAGUUGCUUGGGCAAUUGCACCAACUGCGGCAACAGCCCCACUGUCAAAAGCUGUGGCGUGCGGUGGGCCGCCGGGCUGGGCUCCUGCGUGCCACUUUCCCCGACCUCCCUGUGAUACAUGCUGCCAACCUUGCAGGUGCCACCCAGGUGAUCUCUCAUUUGCAUGCCGAGCUUCAGCAGCAGGAGACGGAGGCCAGAGUGCACAGGUGGCGUCGCCGUGUUGAGGAGGAUCCCUCUCGUGCCCUCGCCUGGGUCAAGCGCAAAGCUGACCAUCAGUUGGCCAUGGAGCAAUCUCCUCAGGCACCUGCGGUGGUUCUGGGCCGUCCGCUUUGCAGUGGUCCUCUGUUCCCACGCGCGACUCCCAGUCAGGACCUUGUGGACCACUACAAGUGGCAGGGCGUGCAUUCGUGUGGGCGGAUCCGCAAUCGUGGCCACCGCGAUGAUGCAACGUUGCCGGUGCCUGGGUCCCCACUCCGCAGUGCCCGGUUUGCACUUGAAGGCCACCGACUCGCAGUUGCGGCUGAGCCUACACGUGAAGUUCGCCUUGCAGCACUGGGCUCGGGCGGCUCCAUCUGGUACCACUGCAAACGGCUGGAGAUGAGCUCACCCGACACCACGGCGUGUGCUGGCCUCUUGCAGCCAGCGAGCGCAUCUCCCUGGUGCUUGGACUUUGAAAACACCCUUCAGAGCAUUGUGGCUCUUCGCACUUGUGCUACUGUGGUGAGCAGUUUGCGCUUGCUGUGUAGCCCUGCACCUCUCCUCCUUUUCUUCUCGGCUCUCCUGUUCGGUCUCACAACCGACAACCAAAGACGUUACUGGAACUCCGCGAGUUCCAAGCUGGACAACACCGUAGGCGCUGUGGGUGCUGAGCGGAAAAGGAUGAUGGAUUUGGUGGCCAUGGAGGAUGAGGAUGCAAGUGCAGUUGUGGGUUCGGCGUGCUUGUGGAUGAGUUCUUUCGUGAACGUGAAGCCCUCGUUCUUCUCUGGCGAUGGGACAUUUCCCAGCACUACCCUGUGGUUUGCUGACGGGGACUUUGGCCUUGCUCCGGCGGAGGCCUAUCGCGAUGCAAAUGUCCAGCAGCAGCGGGGCAGCCGGGGCAAGUGGCAGCUGGGCUGCCGCCUUCUGGUGGGCGACCUGGAGGAUGCGGGGCUGGCUGGGCUUUCCGAAGUGGAGGCGACCAACCAUGGCGACGUGGGCAGUGUGAUCGAGCAGAGCUGUGGCACGGAUUUUCUUGGCGGCCCUAUCCUAGUGCCAGUGUGGAUCAUGUGCAGCCUGUGCAGCAAUCCCUUCAGUGUCCGUGUGGGUGAGGCAAAGCACCCGGGCCGCCGGGCCCCUGCAGGUGAGCCGAUGCUUUGUGUGUGCCAUGACUGGAAGAGGGGAUGCCGCCUGGGCGAGGCCUCUCACCCUGGCCCUGGUUUCAACCUUGACCUUGGCAACCUUGGGGAUAGCCUUGGCGAUAGCAUCAUGAAGUCGAUCAAGGAGCAGAUCCAGAAGGCAGUUGACGAGGCAAUAAAGCAGGCCCUGGCGUCGCUCAAUCUCGGCGGGGGCUUGGCUGCUGCCCGGCUGUCCGGUGAUCCAGACGUGCAGCUUGAGCCAAAGGGCAGGCGCAAGAGGAAACGUAAGGCCAAGCAGGCCACGAGCCACCCAGGUGGCAACCCCGACGUUUCGGGCGGCGAGCGUGCAGGUGGCCGCCAGAGCGCAGCCAAAGGCAAGGGCAAGCCUGGAGACAAGUCUGGCCCAGCCAAGGUGGCCCAGCGCGGUGGCCCAGGCGACUCAGGUCAACGCCGGGGCAAGGGCAAGGGCGGCUGCGGUGAGGCAGGCGGGCAGGAAGCCGGUGAUGGCUGGCAGAUCGUCCGGCGCAAGGCUCCGGAAGGCGCCUUCACGCUUCGAAAAUCUGAUUGGGACGCUCCGGUCGUCGAGUAUGCUGCCCUAGCUGAGUUCAUUGACAAGGCUGAUGCCAGCAAGGUCCUCGAACUUGUAGUCUUUGUUUCGGCCGACCAGGUCACGCUUGCUACGAACAUUCUGCGGGGGAGCGGGCUGAGCUUCAAGGCCCUGCUUGUUUUCCUAUCCAAGGAUGAGGAGGCCCAGCGCAUCCGGGCACCAUUGGGGAUCGCCUGGUCUUCAGGACUGCUAAGGUCCAGAAGCUCACGUCUGCAGGUGCCAGUGGCCAUGCUCCGCAGCCCACCGGUGCCAAAGCAGUUCGCCUCAGCCGACACUUGGAAGGCUUUCGGGGGCAACGCCUCCAAGGCCGCUGUAGACUGGGUCGCGGCCCAAAGGAUCAAGGUGCUCGACACUUUUGCCUGGGUCCUGGAAAAGCAGCGCAACGACACUCAUGAGCAGUACUUUGGCAUUGUUCGCAUUCCGAAGGCAGACAUUGAGGGCAUCCUGGCCCACUCUGGCAAGGACGGUGUCUUCGUGGAUGCCGCUCGCACCUCAGGGCCCCGGGCGAAGCUCCAAUGGAUCGAGAAGCUCCCCGGCGAGAAGGUGGACGCCUACUUUGAACGUGCCCUGCGCCAGGCUUCCAGCCUGGGUUUGGUCGUCAAUGGGGGGCGAUUGGCGUGGCGAAGUGCCAUGGCAGCUGGAGAAGCAACGGUGCGCAUCUGGCACAUCGAUGGUGUGCCCCACGAGUGGGAUGUGGAUGCCGUCGGCCAGCUCUUGGCCACACGCUUCACUGAGUACACCAUCCUGUCGCAUCGGCGCACUCGCCUCGGGUCCUGCUUUCGCUUCCGCGGGCAACCUGCAACCGCAGACACGGACCUGGUGCCGUUCGUCGUCGAGCAUCAGGAGAAGCCCUUGUCCUUGUGGGCAACGCUGGCACCUUUCCGUGUCGUCUCCAAGAAGCAGAAGCCUCUCGCCUCGAAGGCCGUCCCGGUCGUUGCUCUCGAGCAGCCUGUCGCUGCCACCAUCGUCAAACCUCCCACGGGGGAGCUGGCUACGGGCGAGGACGGCAAGGAAGUGCCCCAGCAGAAACGUGUCAAGCAGGAGGUGCGCACCAAGCCAGGUGACCUCCAGCUCAAGGCAUGCCCUCGUGACGGAGCCUGCGUGCUGCACGCACUAAGCCUCGGCCUUCAAUGGCUUGGUGACUCUCGGCCCAAUCACCCGCGCAUGCUCCGUGCGCAAAUGGUCGAACACAUGCGCCGGCACGCCACCCAGUACGAGAAGGAAUGGGACGGCAAAGGGCCGGACAGUGAGCCGGUCAAGGACCGGGACUUCCCGGCCUACCUCACUCUUAUGGAGAAGGAGGGGGCAUACUGCUCGGAUGUCGAGCUGAGGGCCCUGGGCCGUGUGCUGGACAUCAAAAUCGUCGUGCUGCCGGCGGGCCUCAACUUUUCUCCUUACGCCUUCCAUAGCAAAGCUGCCAAGAUGCUGGUGUUGUGGUACGAGGAUAACCACGUUGAUCUCAUGCUCCCGCCUGAGGGUCACAAGAAGUAUCCCAGUGACUAUCCCCAGAUCACAGCUGGACCCGUCUUUGGGCUGCGUGCAGGUGGCCGUGGGCCCCCAUCGGUCUUCACUGCUCCUCUGCUGCCUGUUUUCGAUCCCAGCCAUCCUCUCAGUGGACCUCGGUCAUGGAAGGCGAAGGGGCAAAAUCCCAGGCUCGCCCGGCAUCCGUCUGGCGAGCGCCUCGGGGAGUGCUGCGGGGCGGCCCUCGAUCGAAGCCCAGCCCUCUUUGCAAGGUGCAAGGCAAAGGCAUUGCAUGGUCCCCAGACCAGGCCCAGGGGCGAGCCACAGGCGAGGUCAUCACAGGCCACGGCCCAGGCAAGGCCCUCAGGCACCAAGCGCAAGGCGGUUGAGCUGUGCACUUCGUCCGUCUUCACCUGCACCUCUGCUGGCACUAUCGAGGCCUUCGAUGAAUCCGAGUUUGAGCGAGCUCGUGUGCCCCCGAAGCGCUGCCCUUGGCUGGCCCAUGCCACGGCACCGGCUGACCUCACCUUUCGGUGCAACUUGUGCCCUUACAAGCGCAAGGCCACGAGCAACCACCAGUACUACCACAUCCGCCACAACCACUACCAGCGCGCCCAUGAGGGGCAGGGCCUGCAGGCGGACAUCGGGCGACCCAAGCUCACGCGGGUCUGCGGCCCAAGGGCUCAGUUCAUCUGGUGUUGCCCUUUCUGCAACAAGGGCAUCACGCAUGAGACUCGGAAGGACCUUUCUCGAUUCUCCUACUAUGCCCUGCGCAACCAGCAUCGUGCACAGGCCCACCCCGAGGUCUCCAAGGCUGAGUGGCAGCGUCUUACGGCACUCCCGCAAACCGGGCCCAAGGAUCGCCAGGUGCAUGCCAAAGGGUGCCGCCAGCGCAACCUCACCAAGGCCGUGUUCGCUCAAGUCAGGACCCCUCGCUUUGGGGACCAGAUGCAGCUCUUUGUGUGGCCUCGAGCCAGGUGUGAGAACCGCAGCACCCGGGUCAAGCAUGUCCUCCUUGAGCAUGGUUGGAAGUGCCUCCGGUGCGGUGAGUGCACCAGGGACCUGGCUGCCGCCAAGCAGCAUAGCGAGGGCCGGUGCAAGUCGCAGAGCAACACCCAGAAGCGGAUCCAAAAACUUGAUGCCAUCGAGGCGUGGGCCCGGCGUGCCGGAGGUGACCCCGACUUCUGCUCCCAGGUGCUCCGUGCUGCCGAGGCUGACAUCAACCCUUUGUCGGCCCAGGGUUUUGGUGAGCGCUGGCGUGCCCAUGGGUAUCGGGCUGUUCUCAGCGACAUCGAUGCUGCCAAGGGUGCUUUUGAGAUGCAGGCUGCUGGCAGCAAGUGCAUCACCCUUGUGGUGGCCUUCUACGGUUUCCCUGGUCAGCCAGCUGCCACAGCCCAGGCCUUAGGUGAGGUUAGGCGUGCAGCUGCGACCUUCGGCGGCCCCUACAUCUUGCUCGGCGAUUUCAAUGUUGACCAGUCUGAGCAAGCUGUGGUGCAGCUGUUGUGCGAUGGCGAGCUCCGGUCUCUGGAUGAGGCGGACUGGACCCAAGCCGGCCCAACAAAUCCCACGCGCACCCGGCGCAUUGAUUUUGGCCUGGCCCAUUGGUCAAUCAUUGCGACGGCUGUCAAGCAGUUCGAACGCCCGCACCUUUCGGACCACGGGUGCGUCUUCUACGAAACGCGGUGCCUGAGCCGUGCCGACAGCUUCUCCAUGCCUAAGUUUCGUGAGCUCCCUGCCACGGCCACUGAAGACAUCCUGUCUAACUUUGGUAGGGUCUGGGAUGCCGCACACUUUGAGAGUUCUAUUGCAGGUGGGGCUCUUGAUGAAGCCUGGGCCUUCUUGUCAGACGUGGCCGAGCGCACGCUGGGUGCCACUUCGCUCUUCGAUGCCUCCGGUGCCCGCAGGAGCGACCACUGGCUCCCUUGUGCCCGCCACGAGUCCCACCAUCGUGUCGGCCCCCAGGGUCAUGAGUCCCAGUCCCUCCGUUCAUCUCGCAAGUUGCUUGGGCAAUUGCACCAACUGCGGCAACAGCCCCACUGUCAGAAGCUGUGGCGUGCGGUGGGCCGCCGGGCUGGGCUCCUUCGUGCCACUUUCCCCGACCUCCCUGUGAUACAUGCUGCCAACCUUGCAGGUGCCACCCAGGUGAUCUCCCAUUUGCAUGCUGAGCUUCAGCAGCAGGAGACGGAGGCCAGAGUGCACAGGUGGCGCUGCCGUGUUGAGGAGGAUCCUUCUCGUGCCCUCGCCUGGGUCAAGCGCAAAGCUGACCAUCAGUUGGCCAUGGAGCAAUCUCCUCAGGCCCAUGCUGGUGUCCCUUCCUCUGUUCACCCUGCCUCUAUUGUCGAGGAACAUGGUAAAGUGUGGCUGCAGCACUGGAAGCCGGAGUCCCCUGUCAACUUCGAUGCCGUGCAACGCAUCCUUGACCGUGUCCCGGGCGGGCCGCAAUCGGACAUUGUGCUCCAGGUCGAAGCUGAGGCUCUGAUGCGGGCCACCAAGGCAAUGCUGCGGAAAGCGAUGGGCCCUGACCGAUGGUCAGCGGAGCUUCUGCUCCGCCUCCCAGUGCCGUGGUGGGAAGCGGCGGCCACUCUGUGGAAUGCGGUGCUCUCCACGAAGUACGUUCCUCGACUCUGGCGCCGGGCACUGAUUGCCCUGGUGCCGAAGCGCCUGGAUGAAUACCGACCGAUCGCCUUGUGCCCUGUCAUCUGGCGAGCGGGUGCCCACUGCAUCUCUCGCAAUGUGCUGCCGUGGAUGGACACAUGGCUGGGCCACCACACCUUGGGCGGUGCACCAUGUAGAGGCCCGGGCGACGCUCAUGCCCGGCUUUUUCAUGCGUGGCAGAGCGGCGGCAAAGUCUUUUGCCAGCAGGACCUCACACGGUUCUUCGACUCUCUUGAUGUCCAGGCGGUGGGUAUGGUGCUCCGGCACCUUGGUGCUCCUGCUGGCCUCGCUGAGCUCUUAGCCUCCUUCUACCAGGAUGCCUCGAGGCUCUUUCUGCACGAGGGCCGGUCCAGCAGUGCAUGGGGCAGCCCGGCGCGGGGCCUGGCGCAGGGAUGCCCACUCUCCCCAAUGGCCGCGGUUGCGGUCGGCCAUAUCUGGGCCAUGUGGGUCCAGUCCUUUGCCAAGGGACGCACCGACUGCCUCAUCUUUAUUGACGACCGGGUGCUGUGGCCUUCCUGCACGUGUGCGGACCCUCUUGGGGCCAUGGAUGUGGCAUUGAGGGCUUCUGACUCCUUUGACCAAGCCUUCGGCUUCCAGUGCCGUGCCAGCAAGUGUGCUGUGGUGUGUCCACCCGAUGUCGGGACUUUCGAUCAGUGGGCCAGUGCCAGGAGCUACCCACGCGUGACUACUUUGAAGGUGCUGGGCAUCACCCUCGACAUGCAGGAGGGUGCCCUGGGGCUCCUUAAGUUUAGCCCACGCUUGCUCCUGCAUCGCCUUCGCUUCCUCAAGCUCCUGGGAGGGGAGGUGCCCCAGCUCCGUCGCAUUGUGCUGCAACUGGUCCACUCGGCCAUGUUUUGGGCUGGUGGUGUCGCCUGCCCUGACCGCGACUGCUUGCGCGACGUCUGGCACUCCACUUGUGCGGUCCUGCAAAAGCACGCCACCUUCGAGUCUCCUAAAGUCUUGCUGUGUGCCUCCUUUGGCUGGAGUUUGGACCCUGAAUGGGCGGCGGACUGGGCAUCCCUGCGGGCUGCCUGGCGUUUUAAGGCUCGGCCCCCGGCCUGGCUCGACACGGCUGGGCUUGAUGUUGCUUGUGGUGACUGGCGUCGCUUCCUCCCUGGUGCGGCGGCGGUUGUGCAAAGGUUAGGCUGGCAGGUCCAAGGCAAUGGCGCCAUCCUGGCACGGCUCGACGAUUCGGGCACCCUCCGUCAGUGCCACCUUGGCUGGGAAUCCUUUGAUGUGGUCAAGCGCUGGCUUGUGGACCACUACAAGUGGCAGGGCGUGCAUUCGUGUGGGCGGAUCCGCAAUCGUGGCCACCGCGAUGAUGCAACGUUGGCCCGUGGUCUCAGCCUGGGGGCCCCGCUUCGCAGUGCUCGUUUUGCGCUUGAAGGUCACCGCCUUGCAGUCGCGGCUGAGCCUACACGUGAAGUUCGCCUUGCAGCACUGGGCUCGGGCGGCUCCAUCUGGUACCACUGCAAACGGCUGGAGAUGAGCUCACCCGACACCACGGCGUGUGUUUGUGGCCUCUUGCAGCCCAGCCGGGCGCAUCUCACCUGGUGUUGCGCCUCAACGACGGGAUUGCGGCAAGGUCUCGCACCUCCUUCCACCCGUGCUGGUGAACGGCUCUUUGCGGCCGAAAUCACUGAGUACCCUGCAGCUCCUGCAGCUUCGGACUUUGAAAACAUCCUUCAGAGCAUUGUGGCGCAUCUUCGCAACUUCGCUACUGUGGGCGAGCGUCUGCUCAUCGCGACCGAUGGCAGUGCUAAGUUUGAUGUCGGCGGCUGUGCCGUGAUCUUCGGAAGCGGCGACGGCACCUUCGUCUUCGGUGAUGCUUGUGAGGACCAGUCGGCCUUCCGAUGUGAGCUCCUCACCUUGACGACCCUCUUCGAAGCGAUCUCUCGUGCACAGUUGGCCCCAGGCUGUCAGGUCGGCAUCCUGGUGGAUUGCAGCUCUGCUCUCCAGGCUGUGGCCCAACCUGAGGCGUGCUCUAUGCCUCUCCUGGCUCACAAGGCUGCGAGGCUACUGCGUGAUGUGAGUGCCGGUGGCUUGGACCUCAAGCUUUCGUGGACUCCUGCACAUGGUCGGCGGCCCAACUGGACUGCUCCCUGGGGCCUCACGGCUGAUCGCUGCAGGGACCUUAACGAACGGGCCGAUGCGGCGGCCAACAGCAUUCGCGAGCACCGGGCUCGUGGAUCGGGCAGGGUGAGCUGGCAUGCAGAGCUUCAUCGUGCAGCGCUUUGGGAGCGGGGGGCCAUCCUGGCUUCUGCUGGUGCCUCCAACGUCUUGGCACAGAACCUUCGUGCGAGGCUGCCGGCCCGUCUCAUUCACGAUGAUCCGUGCAACUGCGACCGUCAUGUGAACAUGUGGCGCAUCGCUUCGAGGAAGACUAGCCGGCACCCCGUCACCCGUCCAACAACAGCCGGGCUACUCGCCAGCACCGACAACGGUUUUCUCAUGAAUUUCCAAGCCCAGAAGUGGGCAUCUGACCUUGCCACCUGCCUUUGUCUACCCAUGAAGAAAAAAGAAUGGCAGGCGAGCAGACUGACGCCCCUCGUUGAUUCCGGCACUCGUUCCCAGGCUUCAGCUGCGAUCACGGUGAUAAACUGGAACUGCGGAGGGUUCUCGACCUUAAAGGACGAGUUCUACACGUGGUUGCGCGGUUGUGAUUGCGAUGUUGUCUGCCUCCAAGAGACAUGGAUGAAGGAGUGUUCGGAGUUCUUUGCGGGGGACUGGCUUUGCGUUCAGAGCGGCAUGAACGCUACGAGCUCGCGGGCGCAGGCUGGGGUUAUGAUCAUGCUGAGACGGUCGGUCUUUGAUAAUGGUUCGGUGCGCUACUCCCACGUGAUGGAAGGACGACUUCUCCACGUACGGGCACAACAUAAGCAUGGAUGGGUGGACGUGGUAGGUGCCUAUCUGCAUGCAUGGGGUGGCUGGAGCAAUGAAGCGGACAUCUUAGCCAAACGAUCGAAGGUGUGGGCAGCGCUCCGCCAAACCUUGGGGCAGCUACCCCGAGGCAAUCAACUUGUGGUAUGUGGAGAUUUUAAUACCGUGGUGCAGCCUAAAGCCCCGUUCUUUGGCACAGGUAUGAGUUCGAACAACCCGACCCCGUCGGCGGAUGCACAGGACUUCGAGGCCAUCCUUCACGACUUCGGCUUGCAGGCAGUGAACACCUUCGGUAAGCAGGGCAGCUACACACACAUACUUGAACAUCACUCGCAGAAAACCCGCUCCUUCCUGGACUACGUGCUGGUGCGACGCAAAGGUCCUACGCUCAGCUCAUCGGCGCGUAUGCUAGUGACCUUUCCGGUGGCUCGCUGGAGAGGUGGUGGCAGGCAUCUACCCGUGCUUGUAACAGUGCGUUUCCGCCGAUUCCAAUUCGCUCGGCCGCGACCCCAGCCCGCUUGGCCGCAGUGGAAGUGUAAGCUCCUAGCCGACAGGAUCGCAGCAGAUGGGCCAGAUGUUCAGGACUUCAAGGCACAAGUCUCCAGGGAGCUCCAAGCUAUGCAUGACUUCUGCCCUGAUCGUGUGAAUCAAGUUCUCAUGAAGGCGAGCAGGGAUCAUUUCCACAUUGUGAGUUGGCCCGACAACAAUUUCAGAAAUGUGCUUCAGGUCUUCGAGCUUGCUUUCGGGCUUGGCGGUGCAGAGCCCGGUUUCACCAGCUGCACCAAAUCGUACGUCGUAACAGCCGGCUCCUUCGCAGACAUCGCUUUGAUGAACUUCUACGGCAUGCGGCACGUGCCCAAGCAACCGAAGGCCAGAGCUCAGCUCCGUUCGAGUACGGGGGCGAUUCUUAUGCCUCAGGCCGAAGUCCAGGCACUCGCAUCGUACUGGAAAGAGGUCACAACGGCCGAAGACCCAGUGCAGGCACCGUCUGCCACGACGUUUGACCUCGAAAUGGAUGCUGUGCAACAGGCCCUUGCAAGCCUGCCAUCGAACAAAGCUGCACCGGCACAUUACGCACCUCAUGCACUUUGGAGCUGUGUCGCAGAGCCGGUGUCGCAGGUCCUGGAACGAGGACUUCUUCAGGAAUGGCGCUCUAGCGGCGCUCACAUACCCACUGCCUGGGCCGAUGCCUGGCUCACCUUUCUGCAGAAGGCCAACAAGGCGGGGAACAAACCGGAGCACCUCCGGCCGAUUGCUUUACUUGACCCGGUCGGUAAGGCGGUAUCGGGACUACUCCGAAAGCAGCUCGACACCUACAUCUUGCCCCACAUGGAAGCUCGUCAUCAAUAUGGCUUUCUACCUGGUAGAUCGGUGCAGCAAGCUCUUGGACACGCCUUUAUCCACUGCAAGUCUGUGCGCUCGCUCAGCCAGGCACAGAACAGAUCCCUCUACGACAAGUUUGCCGGUCACCAGGCAAAGGGAUGUGCUGGCGGCAUGCUGCUGAGCAUCGACCUGACGCAGGCCUUCGACAGAGUGGGCCGGGACCUCCUGGAGCAGGCUCUGAUUCACAUUGGUGUCCCCCUCAGUCUUCGCUCCCUUUUGCUACGAUGGGUUCACUCCGUUCGCUAUGUAGUGCAGAAAGAAGGCCACGCGCAAACGUUCCCGACUUCCCGGGGGAUCCGUCAGGGGUGCAGGCUAUCACCUUCGUUAUGGAACUGUGUGGUUGUUUACCUCACUCAUCUUUUGGAGCAGCAGCUUGGGGUUGAUUGGUGCAGGCAGCGCUUGAUUGGAUAUGCCGAUGACAACUUGUUCAAGUGGACGUUCCACUCUCGAGAGGAUGUGGCGGCCGCGAUCUCAGAAGCCACGGCCAUCAUCAACCUGUUGGAACAACAAGGCCUCACGGUGAGUAAGGACAAAACAGCUAUUCUCCUCAAAUUGGCGGGCCCUCAAGCCGAGGCCUAUCGUCGGAAGAUCGUUGUAAAACAUGAGGGCAAGCACCAUCUUCGGCUGAACCAGGACCUCACUUUACCCGUCAAGGCCCAGCACACAUAUCUUGGAGCCAUCAUCUCCUUUGGUCGGUUCGAAGAACUUAAUGCCACGCACCGUUGCCAGGCAGGGAUUGCCACUUACAACCGGCUUCGCCAGCAUCUUCACUCUAAACGCACGUGGCCAUUGGCGAAACGGCUGAGACUCUGGAAGGCCUAUGUGCUACCCACGGUCUUCUACUCGCUCACUGCCUCGGGACUCACUGAGAAAGGUGCUUCAUGCAUUAGGGUUGCACUCCUCAGGCAACUUCGGGCCAUAGCUGGACGGCCACGGCAUUUGACACUGGAGUCUGACGCUCAAUUCCUGCUCAACCUGGGAAUGCCAACUCCUCUGCAGCUUCUCAUCGACAGGCAACGGAACACUUUGGACCGAACGGAGCAGCUUCGCGCCAAGCUUUCCCCCGGCGACUUCAGGCUCGAUGCCGCGCUGCUGGCCCAUGAAACUGAGGUGUUACACGGCUUACAGGAACUGGCGGCUGACUCCUCCAACACGGGGGCCACCGAUGAUUUGCCCUGUCCUGAUUGUGGCGAACGCUUCCCCACGGCAGCAUCACUCCGUCAACAUCGUGCCAAGGUCCAUCGCAGUGGCGAGAACAAGGCCAAGGGUGAGAGCUUCGAUCGGCUACUUCAUGGUAAGGACGGCCUCCCGCAGUGCAUCAAUUGCGGGCACAAGUUCGGCACAUGGGAGGAAUUACAGCGACAUGUGCAACUUGGACGAUGCCAAGCCCCCGAGCGAGCUGGCUAUGAUGACGUCCACCCCCCACUGCUUGCCAAGGUCCUUGCUGAUGAAAUUGUGUUUCCCGAGGUCAUGCUCAACCCCCCGAAUGACGACCUCAAAAAGGAGCUCCUCGAGCGGUGUGCGUUGUGCAGGCAAUGGUUGCCCAAUGAGAAUUAUAUGAAGGUCCACUACGGCCGCGUCCACAAGGACGAAUGGAAGGCGCACAGUUCUCGUUUGCGAGUGUGGUGCACCAACAACCUUGCCCCCAUCAAAGGGACAUGUCAGUGGUGCGGACACAAGGCCCAACAAGGCAGGGAUCAUCGUGCCACAUGCCCGGCCUUGUUUCAGUUGGCAAUGUCAUGGUUCGUUAAUGGAGGUCCCAAGGAUGCCGCUGACAUGACGGCGCCGAGCGAUGAGCCUUAUCCUUCAGCUGAGGAGGUAAAACCAAUGCUCGGCAUGACCUACGAUGCGGAGAUUCAGGAUGUGUUCGCCAACUGCCUGCCGGCAUUGGCGAACCUCAAGGCGGGAUCUCUCGAGGAAGUGCCGGAGCGGGAGACAGAGGACCUCGACAUGCCCAACCGGGGCAAACGUUCGAGGCAAGAGCCGAUGGGAGACAAGACGCUCCACAGAUCACAGUUGGGCAAGGGCAAAGGGGGCCAACGGGGCAGCGAUGCAAAGAACAGGGGAAGCUGGAACAAUUGGGAGCGCGACGACUGGGAUUACCACAGUUGGCGGCCGCAGCACCGUGCGGAUCUCGAGAGGCUGAUGGAAGCUUUGUGUCGGCUGACCCUGAAGCAAGAGGAAGAGUUGCAGCUUCUUCGAACGGAGAAGCAAUUCCUGCUGCAUCUGGAGUCUGGCCCUCAGGGAAUGCUCUCCCCCUUAUGGAAGGUGGCCCAAGUGUGGAAAGCAGGCAAAGACAAAACUCCACCAACCGUGACCAGCUCGUUACGUGUGGCCUUGAUCAAGUGCGUCCUCGCGGAGUGGAUGGCGAGGCUGGACAUCAUGACCAAGGAUGCGGAGACGGUCAAGAAGAUGGAGGCACAGGGAUGGGUGAAAGUGCAGGGCGUCGACGAGCUGCACUGGAACUUUCAGCAAUGGAACCAGCAAACCCGACAGCUGGAGCUGGAUCCGAGCAAACCACCCGUGGGCCACUCAACGAUAUUGCGGGCAGCGACCAACCUCCAGGCGUUGGUGAAUUCCGAGACCGAACGGCUCAUUCACCGAUUUCACUCCACCCGAAAGCUCACCGAAUCGGUCAUGGGCGACACGAUGCCUUUCAUCCUGUCGGUGGCGAUGAGAGGAACCAAGGCACAACAAGCCCACGACAUCCUGAGCGACCUGACGGGCAGUGCAGCUUUGAGAACCGUGGGAGUGCGCAUUCGGGGCGAGCGGGUGAACCUACAGCCAUUGGCACAGCAGAUUGCCAAAAUGGCGGCCGCGCUACGCCGCUGA